AUGGAAAUCAAAGAUGAAAAAGAGUUAAAUUCAAGAGAAUAUGGUGACUUCGACUCUUCACCUACAAAAAGCCGUCAUGAACGCCCCCAGUGCAGAAAGACUUCAUACCAGGAAUUACAUCCCCGACUGGACACCAGAAAGAAACAACAUGACUGCUCCCAGUGUUUCAAAACAUUUGUAAACCCUUCCUCUCUUGCAAUUCAUCAACAAAUACACACAAGAGAAAAGCCCCAUAAGUGCAGUACAUGUGGGAAGGCCUUUAGUCAAAUUUCUUCUCUUAAGACACACCAGAAUAUCCAUACUGGGGAAAAGCCAUAUAAAUGCACUACAUGUGGGAAGGUCUUUAAAAAAUUGUCUCAUCUCAAGGGACACCUGAAGAUCCAUACUGGGGAAAAGCCACACCAGUGCAGUACAUGUGGGAAGGCCUUUAGUUUAUUGUCUACUCUCAAGACACACCAGAGGAUCCAUACUGGGGAAAAGCCCCAUCAGUGCAGUACAUGUGGGAAGGCCUUUAGUCAAAUAUCUUCUCUUAAGACACACCAGAAUAUCCAUACUGGGGAAAAGCCAUAUAAGUGCACUACAUGUGGGAAGGUCUUUAAACAAUUGUCUCAUCUCAAGGGACACCUGAAGAUCCAUACUGGGGAAAAGCCACACCAGUGCAGUACAUGUGGGAAGGCCUUUAGUUUAUUGUCUACUCUCAAGACACACCAGAGGAUCCAUACUGGGGAAAAGCCCCAUCAGUGUAGUACAUGUGGGAAGGCCUUUCGUCACAUGUCUGCUCUCAAGACACACCAGAGGAUCCAUACUCGGGGAAAGCCACACCAGUGCAGUACAUGUGGGAAGGCCUUUCGUCACAUGUCUGCUCUCAAGACACACCAGAGGAUCCAUUCAAAUAAUAAACAACAUGAAUGCUCCCAGUGUUUCAAAACAUUUGCUAGACGUUCCGAUCUUGCAAUUCAUCAGAGAAUACACACAGGAGAAAAGCCCCAUCAGUGCAGUACAUGUGGGAAGGCCUUUAGUAAAAUGUCUCAUCUCAAGACACACCAGAGGAUCCAUACCGGGGAAAAGCCGUAUCAGUGUACUUCAUGUGGAAAGUAUUUCAGGGCUAGCUCCACCUUCAACAGACAUCAGAUUACACAUACCGGAGAAAAGCCACAUCAGUGCACUACAUGUGGAAAGGCCUUUAGUCAAUUGUCUUCUCUCAAGACACACCAGAGGAUCCAUACUGGGGAAAAGCCCCAUCAGUGCAGUACAUGUGGGAAGGGCUUUAGUAGAAUGUCUUUUCUCAAGACACACCAGAGGAUCCAUACAGGGGAAAGGCCUUACCAGUGCUCUACAUGUGGGAAAGCCUUUAGUCAAUUGUCUGCUCUCAAGACACACCAGAGGAUCCAUACUGGGGAAAAGCCACACCAGUGCUGUUCAUGUGGGAAGUCCUUUAGUAAAAUGUCUACUCUCAAGAAACACCAGAAGAUCCAUACUGGGGAAAAGCCACUCCAGUGCAGUACAUGUGGGAAGGCCUUUAGUCGAAUGUCUUCUGUCAAGGCACACCAGAGGAUCCAUACUGGGGAAAGGCGUUACCAGUGCUCUACAUGUGGAAAGGCCUUCAAUGGCACAUCUAACCUCAAGGCACACAUGAGGAUCCAUACCGGGGAAAAGCCACAUCAGUGUUCUCAGUGUGGAAAGGCCUUUAGCCAAAUAGGUAAUUUCAAGACCCACCAGAAGCUCCAUACUGGAGAAAAGCCACACCAGUGCAGUACAUGUGGGAAGGCCUUUAGUCAAAUGUCUAAUCUCAAGUCACACCAGAGGAUCCAUACUGGGGAAAAGCCAUAUCAGUGUUCUCAGUGUGGAAAGGCCUUCAAUGGCACAUCUAACCUCAAGGCACACAUGAGGAUCCAUACUGGGGAAAAGCCACACCAGUGCAGUACAUGUGGGAAGGCCUUUGAUCAAAUGUCUGCUCUCAAGACACACAUGAAGAUUCAUACUGGGGAAAAGCCACAUCAGUGUUCUCAGUGUGGAAAGGCCUUCAAUGGCACAUCUAACCUCAAGGCGCACAUGAGGAUCCAUACUGGGGAAAAGCCACAUCAUUGUUCUCAAUGUGGAAAGGCCUUUAGCGAUAUGUCGAAUCUCAAGAAACACCAGAGGAUCCAUUUAAAUGAUGUGACGCCCUGCUAAUACAUGAUGAUACUUACAGAAAUAUUUCUUGAUUAGUCGAGUUUUAAACAAUGUUUGAUGUACAAGAUGAAAUAUUAUUUGAUCAUAUUUGAAAUGCGUGUUGGGUUGGAGAUUGAAACAUAAAUUGUAAGGGUACAUGAAUUGAAUAAAAAAAAUGUUGAAGUGA